UACGUGCAGGUUUCGAGAAACAGAAAACAUUUUACAGUGAAAAAUUGGUGUGUAAAACAAAGAUCGUGUGAAGUCCGUGCAAGCGCUGUGCAUGUGGGAAGUGGCGUGGAUGUGGUUAUCUGUGUUAAAUGUGCCGAAUUUGCGCUAUAUUUCCUAAAUGCCCAACCGUAGGCUGCCAUCGUAUGUUGCGAUAAGUGAAACAUCAUUUUAGUUUUUCUUGUGUGCAGUUUGGCCUCGUCAAGGCAGUGUGGAAAAUUGUGUGUUCCUCACGGUUCCGGGCAAAAGGGGUUGGUGGUGAUUCAUAGUGUCCGGCAGAGCGACGUGGGUAUCUUCCACGCACGAGAUCCGAUAUUCACCCGUCAAACCGAUCGACCGAAUUUCAGCAUCGUGUAAAACCACAAGCAAUGACAAUGGGAGAUGAUGCGCCAGUCGUAACAUCCCUGGUGCUUCCGAUUCUGAUACGGCCAAUACUGUCGCAGCUGGAACGGCGCGAUGUUGUCGCUUCGCAGACGUUGCGGGCCGCCCUGACCAAAGCAGAACAGAGCCAUCCGGGUUUGACGUACGAUCUGGUCAUGGGCAUCAUCAAGAAGGGCGACAUCAAUGUCAACAUGAACGAGAGCAUCCUCAGACUGCAGGGUGCGGCCACAGAUACGGAUUUAAUCGAAUAUCGACUGAACCGGACGGAAGAUGCAUUCCAGGAGCUGAACAAAAAGUCCGCGGCUCUCAAACGAAUCCUGAGCCGAAUUCCGGACGAGAUAGCGGAUCGGAAAACAUUCCUGGAAACAAUAAAAGAAAUAGCUAGUGCCAUUAAAAAGCUGCUCGAUGCGGUCAAUGAGGUGGUCGGCUUCAUACCCGGAUCGUCCGGGAAGCAGGCGGUUGAGCAGCGAAAGAAGGAGUUUGUGAAGUAUUCCAAAAAGUUCAGUACCACCUUGAAGGAAUACUUCAAGGAAGGCGAGGCUAAUGCCGUUUUCGUAAGUGCCCUGUACCUGAUCCACCAAACGAACCAGAUCAUGAUCACGGUAAAGAACAAAUGCGAAUAGGAGCCGGAUAGGCGUUCCCGGUUGCCAGUUGUUGAAGGUGACGCUGAAAACUGUAUGAGUAUUUAAGCGUAGUUUUUUUUGUUAUUUUGUUUUCCUAUUUUUCUUCUUUAAUUUUCGCAUAAAAAACUCUAUUUUUCUGUUCUACCCUUUUAAACUUGGUUGGUUACAGACUUGCUUAAACUUGCUUGGUUACAGAGAGUAGGAAGAGCACACGCGCAUGAAUGUGCCCGAGACGCGUGUUUCUGUUCGGAGGGUUUCGCUAUAAAGGGAUAUGAAUAUUUACAUUGCAAUAGAUUCCAAGACAUUCGACAGAUGCGAAAAGUUAAAUGGAGCAAUUUCAAGAGAGACUUUAGAAAAACGAUAGAAUUAUUGAUACUAUUACGAUUACUAUUAUAUAAUUAUUAUUACUUCUCUAAAGAGAGAUCGCAAAAGAAAACGUGAUGGAAUACAGCAUGGAAGGAGUGAGAAAGAAAUCAUGUAUUAGUAUCGAGCAUAGAGAAAUAGAAACGGAAAACGUCUAUAUAUAUAUAUAUACAUUCAAUGUUGGCAUCUGAUAGAGAAAGUCACACGUGUAAAACUAUAAAGUUAUUAUUUCUUUCUACCUUGCAACCUAACUGAACAAGAUACGACGAACAAAACUGAAUAAAAAAAGAACAACACUGUA